AUGGCUCUGCUCCGCCUACACCUCCCGAGGCCUCCGCUGCCGGCCCGCCGCAACCCCGCCCUCCCUUCCGCUCUCUCCUCCUCCUCCACGUCGUGCUUGUGGCGCGGCCGUCUUCCCGCCUCGCGGCUCCUCUGCUCCAGCCACCCCGCCUCGCCCCCGGACGCCGCCUCCUCCGCCCCGCCCUCCAUCGUCGCCGGCCUCCUCGACUACCUCAACGAGUCAUGGACGCAGUUCCACGCCACAGCUGAGGCCAAGAGACAGCUUCUCGACGCGGGCUUCAAGCUGCUCAGCGAGAGUGAUGACUGGGACCUGCAGCCCGGCGGCCGCUACUUCUUCACGCGCAACAUGUCCUGCUUGGUCGCCUUUGCCAUUGGGGAAAAGUACAGAGUUGGGAACGGUUUCAACAUAAUUGCAGCUCACACUGAUAGUCCCUGUCUCAAGCUCAAACCCAGGUCUGCCACCAUCAAAUCUGGCCACCAGAUGGUCAAUGUGCAGACGUACGGAAGUGGGCUGUGGCAUACAUGGUUCGAUAGAGAUCUAACUUUGGCUGGGAGAGUCAUCCUCAAGGCUACAGAUGGUUCCUUUAAGCAUAAGCUUGUCAAACUCACCAGGCCGCUGAUACGUGUACCUACGCUGGCUAUCCAUCUUAACCGCACAGUGAAUACUGAUGGGUUCAAGCCUAACCUAGAGACUCAUCUUGUUCCACUUCUUGCAACAAAACAUGAAGACACAACUACAAAUUCUGAUGACAAAAGCUCUCGUCUACAAAAGUCACCCACCAUCCACUACUUUUGCAGAUCUCUCAUGGACUCUUCCAAGAUGGCAGAACAAUUAUCCAAUGAGAAGGCCAUAAGAAUGGUUGCUAUGUUCGAUAAUGAGGAGGUGGGUUCAGAUUCAAUGCAAGGGGCUGGUGCACCGACCAUGUUCCAGGCUAUGAGACGAAUCAUCGAUUCCUUGAUGCAUCAGUCGAUGGGGGAGGGAGCUUUGGAACGUGCAAUACAUUCUUCAUUCCUUGUUUCGGCGGACAUGGCUCACGCUCUGCACCCAAACUAUGCCGAAAAGCAUGAAGAGUGCCACAGACCAGAACUACAGAAGGGACUUGUCAUCAAGCACAAUGCUAACCAACGUUAUGCCACAAGUGCUGUUACAGCUUUUCUCUUCAAAGAAAUAGCAAGGAUUCAUAAUCUUCCGGUUCAGGAGUUUGUUGUAAGGAAUGACAUGGGAUGUGGCUCCACCAUUGGACCCAUACUUGCUUCUGGUGUUGGCAUACGGACUGUAGACUGUGGUAUCCCUCAGCUUUCGAUGCAUAGUGUACGAGAAAUGUGUGGUAAAGAAGACGUGGACACAACAUACAGGCACUUCAAAGCUUUUUUCGAGAUGUUUUCUGAUAUCGAUAGGAAGUUAAAUGUAGAUUUUUAA